AGUAGUGUGUCCUUUAAAUUUUAUCUGAAUAAAAAAAAUAAAAAAAAAUAGCGUUUUUAGAAUAAAAAUAAAAUUUAUUAAUUAGAAAGAAAAAUCUUAAACUACAAGGUUAUUAUUCAACGAAUUUGAGGCUACAGUAAUUUACGUAACAAAUAAAAAAAGACCUUCGGUAUUCAUAUUCUUACAGAAUAGUAAAAUUUCAAUAAAAAUUUAGAAAAAAUGGCAAAAUGGGGAGAAGGUGACCCAAGAUGGAUAGUAGAAGAACGGCCUGAUGCUACAAAUGUGAAUAAUUGGCAUUGGACAGAAAAAAAUGCAACACCGUGGUCAAAAGAUAGGUUAAAAUCACUUUUCACGAAUUAUAAAAUUGCUGAAUCUAACUGUGAGGUUACUAUAGAGGUUGAUACAUGCAACGGUGAGGCAACAGCCAAUAAUCGUAAAGGAAAACUAAUAUUUUUUUAUGAAUGGAAUAUUGUACUUUUAUGGUCUGGAAAAUUGUCAGGUUGCAAUGAAGUACAUAAAGGGAAAGCGUCUAUACCAAACUUGUCUGAAGAAAAUGAUUUAGACGAAAUAGAGAUAACAAUUAGUGUAAAUGAAUCGAAUCAGGAAUCAGAACAAUUGAAAGUGUUUAUGUACAAUGUGGGUCGCCAGAAAAUACGAGACCAAAUCGGAGUUUAUUUGAAAGAACUAAAACAAGAAUAUUCUAAAGGAUUAAUACUGCCAAAAAAAGAAGACGGAAAAGUUGUUAAACCGGACAGUGUGAAUACCAUUACAAGUGGUUUUAAUAAAAAAAUUGAUAUCAAUAAAUUCAAAAGUGGCUCUGAUAUAAUCAGAAAUGAUAAUAACAAUUUUGGCUGUAAAAUAGAUUGUAAAACUUUAAAUUUAAAAGUAGAUUUUCAAUGUCGUUCAAAUGAUAUCUAUAAUGUAUUAACAAGACCUGAAAUGGUAUCCGCUUUUACUCGUAGUGAAGUGAAAUUAAAUCCAUCUAAGGGAGGAGAAUUUGUACUUUUUGGUGGGAAUGUACAUGGUCAUUUUAAAGAGUUAAUUCCGAAUGUGAAAAUAGUUCAGACAUGGAGAUUAAAACAAUGGCCAGAUGGACAUUAUUCGGAUGUCGUAAUUGAUAUUGAAGAAAAGGAGGAUCAUACAGAACUUCGUCUUACUCAAACUGGUGUUCCAUCUUCAGAAGUCGAUAUGACCACAAACAACUGGAAACGUUAUUAUUGGAAUAGUAUCAAACAAACUUUUGGAUUUGGUAUUCCUAGUAUGACAUAAAAGUAAAUUAAAAUCAUCAAGCUGAUCCAAAAUCAAUUAUAAUUUAUAUAAUAUUUAUUAAAAUUAAAAUAA